CAUCAUUGUUUUCUCUAUGCCUUGUUCUUUGCAGGCAGCACCUAGCACUCUAUAGUCCUUCAGAGAGACUGCUGGCCAUGGCUGAGAAGUCAUCCUGGAAAGCAGGGACACAGAGGGAGCUGCGGGCUCCGGCCCUUGACUUAUGAUGAUGAGCGAGGCAUGACACGCGUCGUGGGUGGCACCAGUGCCAAGGCAGGGGCCUGGCCCUGGCUUGUCAGCAUCCAAGAUCCCUCGGUUGCAGGCACGGGACAUCUGUGCGGAGGGUCCCUCAUCAGCGUACAGUGGGUCCUCACAGCAGCCCACUGCUUUGCCGACUCCAGGAACAUCAGCGCCAUGCGCCUGCUGAUCGGGGCCACCCAGCUGACUGAGCCGGGCCCUGGGGCCGAGGUGCGCCUGAUCAAGCGGCUGCUGGUUCACAAGGAAUACGGUCCCGCCGACCAGAGCAACGACAUCGCGCUGCUGGAACUGAACGAGCCUGUCCAGUGCGGCCCCUACAUCCAGCUGGGCUGUGUGCCCAACGCCACGCUGAACGUGGCACUGCUGGAAGACUGCUACGUCGCUGGCUGGGGUGCCACCACUGCCAGAUCUCAAAGAUCGAGUGACAUCCUGCAGGAGGCCAAGGUGCACCUUAUCAACGUCCAGUUGUGCAACAGCAGCAAGUGGUACGAUGGGGAUGUCCACACCCACAACUUGUGUGCUGGCUACCCGGAGGGUGGCAUCGACACCUGCCAGGGUGACAGUGGGGGUCCACUCAUGUGCAGAGACAACAGCGCUGACUUCUUCUGGGUUGUCGGAGUGACCAGCUGGGGAAAAGGCUGUGCCAGAGCACAGCGGCCUGGAAUAUACACUUCUGUUCAGCACUUCUAUAACUGGAUUCUGGUCCAGAUGGAACUGCUCCCACAAGUAGAGGCUUCUCGGGCAUGGGGUCAUUAUACAACUGCCUCACAACCCUGGGCUCAUCAUACAAACGCCCCAUGGCCCACUCAGAAGCCGUGGCCGACAGCGCUCCCCACUUCUAGGCCAUGGCCAACAACACUGCCCACUCAGAGGCCGUGGCCAACAACACUGCCCACUCACAGGCCAUGGCCAACAACACUGCCCACUCAGAGGCCAUGGCCAACAACGCUGCCCACUCACAGGCCAUGGCCAACAACACUGCCCACUCAGAGGCCAUGGCCAACAACGCUGCCCACUCACAGGCCAUGGCCAACAACGCUGCCCACUCACAGGCCGUGGCCAAAACCAACCCCCACUCAGAAGCCAAGUUUGAUACCACCACCAGUGGAAGAGAUUAAGAGCUGCCCAUUUCCAAUCAAGAAGCUGAUGGAAUUCUUCGCUCAGAUCCAGGAGCUCCUAAAGAAUCUACAGGGAAUUACAGUUUGAGCAGGAGAAUAGACAGGAUUCAGUGCACGUU